CGCAUCUUUACAGCUUGUUUAAAGCUGACUGACGAGAAAAUAAUUUGGCGUCAAAGUAUUUUAGCCUUGGACAGUUUUUAGAAGUUGCAAAAAAAAAAAAUCAAAAGAAACAAAAGUAGCUUAAUAUGUUGCCAGGUGCUUUUUAGAGAGGUUGCCAAAGCAAAUCCAGCAACAAAAGCGUUCAUAGGGCCUUUGCCCAGUUUGGCUGACAGUCCUUGUCAGCCAGCAUAUUAGCCAGCAAACGUCAACUACAGUCGCAUCAAGCUGCACAAUGAAGAAAGUAUUCACGGCCGAGCAAAUUUCCAGCUGGUUCACCUCCGGCGUCACAUUUGCCGACAUUAAGUUCACAGAAGAUGAAGUCGAAAAGAAAUCGUCCGAGCCGUCGUCCAAAGAGACGAGCCCAGAAACGGUUCCUGAUGAAGCCAGCCUGAAGAGUGUGAAAAAGAAAAAAGAUGACAGAUCACGAAGCCCUCUUCCUCCACUUGCAAACUACAAGCACCCCAUCUUUCCCAUUGCCAAAAACAAACAGGAGCUGGUUUCUCUGAUAGAAAACAACUCUGUCGUGAUUAUUCGAGGAGCCACAGGCAGUGGCAAGACCACCCAGCUGCCACAGUAUAUUCUGGACCACUACACUGACAAAAAUGGCUCUUGCAACAUUGCGGUCACGCAACCACGCAAAAUUGGUACCAUGAGUGUUGCUCGAUGGGUCGCCACUCAAAGAAAGUGUAUCUGUGGUAGUCUGGUUGGAUAUCAGGUUGGACUGGAGAAGAUUGCUACUGAGCACACCCGACUAAUCUACAUGACAACAGGAGUGCUGCUACAAAAACUGGUUACUGCCAAGACCCUCACAGAGUACUCUCAUAUUUUUAUUGAUGAGGUUCAUGAGCGAACUGAGGAAAUGGACUUUCUCUUGCUUGUUAUAAGGAAACUUCUAAACUCCAACUCUCGUUAUGUGAAGAUAAUCCUCAUGUCAGCCACCAUCAACUGCAGAGAAUUAGCGGAGUACUUCAGCACCCGUGUCCGUGGAAAAACGAAUCAAGCCUAUGUGUUUGAGGUUGAGGGAGCACCUUAUACCAUUGACGACUUUUACCUGGAUGACCUUCAGGACUUGUGUCCCUUUAAUGUGGAUUCAGCACAUUUUGAUCAUCCCUAUAUCUCAUCUGAGAUGUACGAAGUCGCCAUCUACCUCAUUGAGAGCUUUGACAAAACUGAGGCUGAGAAUACCAGUGAUGGAGAGAAACGAGGCGGCAUGAAUUUCCCAGAGAGAGGCAGUGUCCUUGUUUUCCUCCCAGGCAUACACGAGAUAAGAUAUAUGCAGGAAGCCCUGGCCAAGCUGGUCCAUAAGAGAUUGCAGGUCUAUGCCCUGCACUCCACUCUAACUAUGGAUGAGCAAUAUGGUGUAUUUCAUUCUCCUGUGCCUGGAUACAGGAAGGUCAUCCUUUCAACCAACAUUGCAGAAAGUUCAGUGACUGUGCCCGAUGUCAAACAUGUUAUUGAUUUCUGCCUGACCCGUCAGUUGGUUUGUGACAAAGAAACACAUUAUCAGUCUUUACAUCUCACAUGGGCAUCAAAGAACAACUGCAACCAACGUCGAGGAAGAGCAGGUAGAGUUUCCAAAGGCUUCUGUUACCGUCUUGUCAGCAAAGCCUUCUGGAGGGAUGAAAUCCCAAACUGCAUGAUCCCUGACAUGCUGCUUGCCCCCCUGUCCACCAUAUUUCUGAAGGUGAAACUGCUGGAUAUGGGAGACCCGGUAGCUCUCCUUUCGACAGCUCCCUCACCACCCAUCCUUGAGCAAAUCAUGAAGACCGUGCUCCAACUGAAAGAGAUGGGGGCCCUAUCAGCGAAACAGGGUAGUCAAUGCCGAAAUGAAGAUGCUGAGCUUACGUUCCUGGGUCGAGUGCUGGCCCACUUACCCGUGGACCUUUACCUUGGCAAGAUGAUUGUCCUGGGCCACGUCUUUGGUUGUCUAGACGAGUGUCUCAUCAUAGCUGCAUGCAACUCUCUGAAGAACUUCUUUGCCAAACCUUCAAUGCAGCAGCUUGCCGGUCACAGGAGUAAGAUGGCCUUUGCCGAAGGCAGUCAAAGUGAUUCCAUAGCUUUUGUCAACACCUUUAAGUCAUGGCUCUCCUUCAAAAAGCAAGGACAGCUGAGAAACCUGAAGGAUGAACUGGAAUGGGGAAAACAAAACUUCAUUCAGAUCAAGAGGAUCCAAGAGGUCGCAGAACUGUAUGAAGAUCUAAAAAAACGCGUGAAACAGUUCAACAUGUGUGUGACGGAAAACAGCCAACCCCCAGACUACACCAGCACACACAAACAGAAGUUUAUUCUUCAGAUGGUCAUUGCCGGUGCCUACUACCCCAACUACUUUGUACAAGGGCAAACCAAUGAAGAUCUGGCUUCCAGAGAGUUGAGUGGCUUAAACCCAAGAACGACCGUGAUGGUGCGGAACCUCCCUCCUUACAGUUUUCUUUACUACAAGCAGCUAAAGUCUCUGUUCCGCCAUUGUGGACAGGUCAAAGCCAUUUCUUUUGAGAGCUCCAGAGCUUAUGUGGAAUUCUACAGGACAUCACAUGACUCCGGAACCCUGCCGGCGGUGUCGCUCGCCCUUCUCCUGGCCCAGCAGAAACCUGGGCUAGCACUUUCUGUCUAUCCCACAGAAAAAAUCGAACUCCAUGCCAGUACCAGACAAAUUACUCAUAUGAAAUUUGCACGGGUGAAUGUUGACUCAGAAAGCCAAUCAGUCUAUCCAGUGGCAAUGGUGAGCAGCACCCUUGACCCAGACAAACUGCCUCCCAACCUCAUUUUUGCAGUGAAUGUCACAAUGGUAGUAGAUGUGGGUCAUUUCUGGGGAUUCCAGGCAGACGAAGACAGUUUGCAAAAGCUACGCCAAAUGACAGGAGAGAUCAACAUGCGCACCCUCCAGCCUGUGAAUGUAUCGCUCUAUCCCAACCUACUUUGCCUGGCACCUUAUUCUGAGGGAUAUGGGGAGACCCUCUACUACCGGGCCAAGAUCCAGCACAUAUGUGAAAAAACAGUGGAGGUGUUCUUCUUGGACUUUGGGAAUAUUGAGUCUGUCGAAUGCGACAGCCUAAGGGAGCUCCCAUCUGACCUCCAGUCUCACCCUUUCCAGGCUCAGGAGUUCCAAGUUAUUGAAAUGCAUCCGUCAGCUGAAUCCAUCAUUUGUGGCAACCAGUGGAGCACCUGUGCCCGUUGUCGAUUUGUGGACCUGGUGAAAGGCCAAUCUGUGAUUGUGUCACUGUAUUCUAUUCUCCACAAAGUGAUGCGUGUGCACCUGAUCAUCAGCAGUGGUAAAAGCAUCGCCGAAAUCUUUGUGGAAGAGGGUCACGCUGUGCAUGUUGAGGAAAGCUUUGACUCCAAGCAAAACCAUGAGGUGCUGAUUUCACUGUACAAAGACAUUGAAACCGGCAUGUAUGUCCCCAAUGCUGUCGGUAGCUCCUGGAAGGAUCGCAAGAAAGAGGACAAGGAGCUCAUUGACUGCCUCCUCUCCUACUUUUCCAAGAGCAGCAUCCCUUAUUCCAGUGCAAAGGUUCGUCUGUAUGGACCAACCAGUCCUUACAAAGUCAAUUUCCACAGCUUGUACAACAACACGUACUGCAAGACUGUGUCCAUAGAGCGAUACAGCAUCAACAAUGUGGCUCUGAAUGAAAAUCCUCACUACAAGCACCAGAGAAUGUUGGUGGCUGGGAGUUUGUUCAUCACAACUUCAGGUAACAUUGUUCUAAAAGACACCUCCAUUAUGCCAGACAUCCCUGGACUCCCUGCCAUUGUUUCCAUGCUCUUCACCCCCAUCAUGGAGCUGCGCACUAAUGAAGAGAAGACUUACUUCACUGGCGCACUCUGUGGUUUGGGCUGGAACAAUGAAACAAAAAAAGGCAUCUUGCCUGAACAUGAUAUCGAAAUAGCCUUUGACGUUAAGUUUGAUGUUGAAGACAUCACUGAGGCGAGCCACCGGGGAUUUCAUCGGCAGUCCUUUUCACGCACUCACUAUACAGAAGAAGCUACACUUUAAAUCAUAAAACGGCGAUCGAUUUUAUGUGGCCAUCUGAACCUAUACCCACUGAUUUUAUUCCAUUUAAAUUUUCUUGUCCCGACAUCCCUUGUCUGGCGGCUGAGCGCCUAGGCCUGCCGCUGAAAUGGGUGACAAGGUGCAAGCUCUAGCUGCACCUGCACAUGGACGUUCCUCAGUUUUCUUUGCUUUUAAUGUUUUCAGAAUUAUGAUAUGGGCGACCCCAAACGGGUCAAGCCGAAAGCAGAAGAGGUUUGACACAAUCCUGAUUUUUAGGGCCAGUGAGUUUAAAAAAAUAAUCGAUCACUUAUCAGAUCACAAGAUGGAGCAAAGUGUCUACAUAAAUGACUUGUUCCUUUACUGCAUAUACUUGUGUACUUAAUAACUCAAAAAUGUUUUGAUUUACAAUAAAUGAUGUAUCUUUGUUCCUCUAUUUAUGCAAGUGAGGCUUACUUACAUACAGAACAAAUGAAUGAUCUUCUAUUAGAUGGCAGGAAGCAGAGUAAUUAGUGUAUCCAUUUUUUGUUUGCCAAGAGCGCAGAUUGUAAAAUAUGUGGCUUCGCUCCAUAAUGAUUGGAAAUUGCUGCUGUAGUCAAUCAUGUAUUCUAAGUCAGGUCAAACCAACAUUACAAAAUUACUGAAAUAAAUGGUACUAACUUACUGUAGUUAAAUUCCCAAAUCACCAAAACUUUAUAGGGCGUGAUUUGACAGCAUGCGCAUCUUUGCACACCUGCUUCCGAACCAAAUCGUAUUAAAAUUACAUAUCAAUAACAUAUCAAAAGCAAGCCUUACAUGAACGUCCUUCCCUGUCCUGAGCACCGGUGACCACCAACACCAACUUUUAUCCCCCAUUUUUUUCUUAUAAACACAUGCCGUGAUCUGUUAUUGUUGUCAUCACAAUGAUAAUGAGUGUACCCAGUCAGUUUUAAGUUCACAAGAUGAAGCCCAGUCCUGAUAAAAGAUGCGAUGCGGUGGUAUCCGAAUAUUUGCACUAUUCUGACAAAGUGCAUUCAUGAAAGCGCAAAUUUGUCUUGUAGUCUGAUCAAGGCAUUUACGUUAGGCUUUAGACGAUCAGUAUUUUUGUGGCCAAUAACUGUUCAUAUGUUGGAUGUUGUGAUGAACCAAGCAAAAGACUAUAAAGCAUGCAGUCUGGGCAGGCUAUUUAGUCCAAAACCCCUGUCUCUGUCAGUCAGGUCUAACUGAGCACUACCUUGGAGCUCAGAGUAGGAUUACACAUUGAAGAAAAAGAGGUUGGAGGGGCAGCCGCUAGCAGAGACCACGAAACAAUAUUGGCUAGACCGCCCAGAGUGCUUACUGACUGGUCACGAUGACUGGAAGGUCGCGGUGCACUGCAAUGGAGCUCAGGGUAAGAUUAGAGUUUGGUGAAAAAAAGUGGAGGGUAAAAAAAGAACAGGCUGGAGUCAGUGGUGCCUCCUGCCGCUGUAGCCGCUCACCCUGCACCCUGGAUGGUCGAGGUGGGAAGCGAGCCCAGCAUUCCCCUGCUGCAGCAACCAGCCAUUGUCCAAGGGUGAGACUGCUACCUGGCUUUCAUGCGCUACCUCUCCGGCAGUCAUAAAAGUGUGCGCAUCUCUUUGUAAGAAAUAGUGAGCUUGGACUUAGAUUUGGCAAAAUGCAGAAAAUGAUCCAGCUGAUUAAUUCCUUUUUGGAGGUUUAUAGGUAUUUGUAUUGGUUUUCUGCCUUUAUUUCCCCAUUUUCUGUUUCAAUUUUGGCCACUGAUUGUCAUUUUGGUGCUUCACUAAUAUAAGAGUAUGCAAUAUGUAGGCCUAGAUCAGCAACUUCCGGGGGAAUUUUGUCAUCUUAUCUGGAGACGUCUCUUAAGACCUUGUCCUAGUGAGAGUACAAGCAUUAUUUUGGUUUCUCUGGUCACUGGAGUCACCACGGCUGAUCAGCCUGGGAAGUUGCGGCGACUUCUCCGCCAAUGAGAAAGGCCCUUUACUCUCAGACUUGAAUUUCACCCGCAAGAGAUG